AUGUCUCUGUUGGCAGCUGUGCUGCUGCUCUGGGGUAAGAUAGAUGUCCUGGGGCCUAGAACCUCUGGGCCCUUGCUUCUUUGCACUCCAGAUACUGACCAUGAACCUAGUCUAUGGGCAGAGCCUCAGUUCCUGGAGAAACCUUGGGCCAACCUGACACUAACAUGUGAGGCUGACACACUUACCAGAGACUUCCAGCUGCUCCUGAAUGGGCAGUCCAAGACUGAAGUCAAUCUUGACAAACAUGUCAUGUCCUACAAGUUCUCGCUGGGAGGAAUUACAAGCAAGAACGUGGGCCUCUACCGCUGCCGAUACAGUGUUGAUAUGUUUGUCCCAAUUACCAACCUAACGGAGAUGCACAAGUGGUCCAUGCUAAGCAAUCUUGUGGAGGUAACAGGAAAAGAACCCUUGCCCCAGCCCUGGCUUUCUGCUGCGCCAGCAUCCUGGACCAUACCCUCCAUGGGCACAUACCUGCUGUGCAAGACGCCUCUGCUGGGUGUAACCUUCGUGGUAAAGCAGGAAAAAGAGGGUGGUUUGGUGAGAUCAACCAAAGCCCAGAGGAAGGGAACAGCUUACUUUUCAGUCUUCACACCUGGCAGAUACAGCUGCAGAUACCAAACUCAUGACACAGGUGAACUUUCUGAGCCCAGUGAUAUUGUGACCAUCAAGGAAUUAGCCAGACCACCUCCGCCCAAUCUGUAUUUUAUGGAAAAUUACCCAGUGGUCAAGCACCAGAGCACACCAGAGACCCUUGGCUGCAGAGCUCCUGUGAACGCAGCUGAAAUCCAACUCAGGCUGGGAGAGAAGGUGCUGGAUUUUCCUAGGGUCUGCUUCGUCCGAUACUUUUGCCUGUUCCACCUGAACUUUAAGCACCUGGAUGGCCAAGGCCCUUUCACCUGCCGUUACCUCAUACACAGAAAUUUAGAACUCUGGUCUGAAGACAGCAAGCCCAUAGAGCUCAUGUGGACUGAUGAGAAACUGAUGGCACCAGUGCUCACUGUAAAACCUUCAAAAGAGAUCUUUAUGCCUCGUUCGACGGUGCAUCUUCUCUGUUCCGCACCGAAGGGCAAGACGGGCCUGAGCUUUGGCCUGCAACGCCAGGGCCAACAUCAUCGGUUCUCCCUGGUCCAGAUGCUGAAAACGGCUGGAACUGCAGCUGUCUUUGAGCUGAGCAAUCUCUCAACAAUAGAUUCUGGCAACUACAGUUGUAUCUACAUGGAACAAACACCACCCUUCUCAGGAUCUCCUUCCAGUGAGACCGUGGAGCUGCGUGUGGAUGGGCCACCACCCCAGCCAAAGCUUGAAGCUCUGUGGACAGGCAAGGUGGCCCUAGGCCGUGAAGCCCACUUUCUCUGCCAUGGCCAUGUGCAUAAGGUCAGCAUGGAUCUGGUAAAGGAGGGCAGUGAGAUGCCCUCCUCCAUCAGUUAUGCGAUAACAAGCACCUCGGCUAUUCUGAAAUUGGUCUCCGUGGGUCCCCAACAUAGAGGCAACUACAGCUGCCGCUAUGCCUCCAUGUCACCCUUCACAUUUAAGUCAGGGAACAGCAACCCUGUGGAGCUUCUAGUAGAAGAUAGCUGAUAUGGCAACAGAUACAGGAAAGCAUCCUGGAAAGCAUUGAAGAUGGGGACAACUCCUACUCUCCCUAAUGUAGCAUGACUCUACAUCAAUCUCCCUGGAUUUAAUAAAGGUCAAGCAACAGUGUA